GAUCCCGUUGACAUUGCUGGAGGAGGAGGAGGGGAGGGAAAGGACUCGCGUUGCAAAACUAUAGGAUUUAUAGGGGAAGCCGCGGGAUUGUGGCGACCCGCAGUUCAGCUCUUGUGUCUGGAUAUCUUGGAGUCAUGUAUCGGCGGCCACUGCAGUCUGCCGUGAAAAGCAUUUUCAAUGUGACUGUGUCUAGAGGCGCCUACGGAAAGGUGCUGGAAGAAGGCUGUUUGGCUCGAGCAUCUGCUGCAUACCAACUUACCAGAGUUACACCUCCCUGCUUAACACAAUGUCGGACACUACACAGCACCUCUCCGCUCUUUCAUGUAAAACAAACUCCCCAACACACAGAGGAAGAAGUUGGGGCCUUUACAAAGCUCAUUGAGGCCAUGGGCUUCACAGGGCCUCUAAAGUACAACAAAUGGAAAAUCAAGAUUGCUGCCCUGCGCAUGUACACAUGCUGUGUAGAAAGAAUCAAUUAUGAUGAGUUCUUUGAAAAAUGCUCCCUUCCAGACACACUCAACUCCUGGUUUUUGGUAGCACAGUUACAUGUAUGGAUGUGUUUGGUGAGGAUGCGUCAGGAGGGCAGAGAGGGGAAAUACAUGUGCCGUUAUGUUGUUCACUCAAUGUGGGAGGAUGUAGAGCAGAGGAGCAAAAUCAUGGGGAUUGAUGCCAUCCAAAGAAAAGAAGCAACAAAGGCAAUGACAGAGACCUUCUAUGCAGCAAUAUUUGGAUAUGAUGAGGGAAUUCUCUCUGAUGACAGUGUGUUAGCUGCAGCCCUCUGGAGGAACCUGUUCAACUGCCAAUGUGAGGACCCUAAACAGCUCGAGCUCAUGGUUGAAUAUGUACGCAAACAGAUGCAGUUCAUUGAUGCGUUGGAUGGAGAUGAUCUGCUGCUCACAGGAGAAGUCAAGUGGCGCCCUCUAGUGGAGGAGAAUGCACAAAGUAUCCUGAAGGUGACAACACCAACGUACAACGACGCUGGCCUGUGAAACAAAGCUGCAGAUUCCAGCUUGCCACUAUACAAGUGUUCCUCUCCUAUAGGCUUAAUAUGUUUUACAUCUUAAAUCUGCAUGUUCUCUGUAGCGUUAAACGCUCUGCUUUUCAUUUCCCCCAUCUGCUUAGUGUCACUUUUCAUGGAUUCUGUUGUUUUCUUUUCUUGCUGCUUUUCCAAAUGUUAUCCUCCAGGACUAGGCCUGUCUGGGUGCCCUUUAACAGGAUACUCAGCCUGGGAUUCUUUUUUCAACCAGACGUUCACACAUUAAUCUAUGACCCCAGCUAUCUGUGACAGGGAAAUGCCAUAUUUCUCCAUCUCAUUCAUCCUGUUGGUUCUGAGAGCUUCCACUGCAUAUUCUGUGUGAACAAGAGAACAAACCCCUUUAUUUAUAAUACUUCUAUUUAUACAUGUAUUUCUGUACCUCAUGUUUACACUCUGCUCCAGCAAAGGUGGAGGCUGAAGACAUCUGUCACUGCUCUUUCACUGUGAAUUUAACUUUGAAUACAAGUUAUAUGAGGCAAUCAGGUUUGUAAAUGUUUCAAGUUAAAGGUUCUUUCUUAUCAUAUCUCUGUGGUUUGCUGUACUGUUUUGUUUUACAUAAAGUUUGCCUACAAAGCUCUCAGACCCUAUCGGGAAGACGUUGCAAAAGCAAAUGAUUACUGUAUUAAACAAGAAGUCAGUUUCUAAAAAAAUGUUGAAUAAAAUGUUCUCCAGAUGUGUACUA